GUUGAAUUUGCGCAUUGAUAAAAUCUGUCAUGAAGUGGGUUCAAGAACAGUUGAGUCAAUGCGUGGUGGGACAGAACGGCAAUGUAAGCGCUGCUGCAUUUACCUUGUGGUGGGUGACUCCAAUUGUACAGGCCAAGUGGAACAAGCGCGCGGCCACGUACUGGAGCGAAGACACCGCCACUGCCAAAGCGUUGGCCGAGGAGUUGGGGCAGGGUUCCGAUGACGCCGACGAUCUUGUUCGUUGUUCCAAGAAAAAUCUGGCCACGGAGCUCGGGCCAAAGAUCGCAUUGCCUAUCCCAACCAAGGCCCGCGCCCGCACCGCGUCGGUGGAGCCGACUAUGUCCUUGGAUGAGGUUGUGGUCAAGGAUUGCAAGAUCCAGUCACUCGCGCCAGGUUUGAUAUCCGUAGCCUCGUGUGAUACAGACCAGGAGGAGAGCUUGGCAUUAAAGCUCAUGCGAUUCGAUCCUACCAAACCAAAGAGCCCACUGCUGCCGCCACAACAAGCGUCCACCAACAUGGUACCCUUGCCACUCCCUAACGCUUUAAUCCGUGCUACCUAGCGCUUUCUAUCCCUCCUUCGCAACGUCCGUCGCUUGGAAUCCCAAUACGCAGAGACGGGCAAGCACGGGCGGAUGCUGGCGUCGACGAUUGUGGAGCUGCCAGCGUUCACGUAUACGCCAGUAUCCACCAACACCACCGCCCCCCAUGGCGCUGAACGCUGCGCAAUAUGCCUAUGCGAUUUCACCGACAGCCAAGAGCUGCGCGUGCUGCCAUGCUUUCACACGUACCAUUCGUGGUGCAUUGACAAGUGGCUGCUCGGCCAUGCAAAGUGCCCCGUGUGCAUUUUGACUCCGUAGCCGUGUCACACAAAUUCUAAGCACUCGUACGGGAAAUAAUAUAGUACACUACUGGGUCA